UUUACGGUCAUCUUCUGACGACCGUCUGAAAUUGAAGACACUACGUUUACUUGGUUCCCAGGAGGGCUCCCAGGAGUGAUUGACAGAUCGUUUUUUUAACUAUCGCGAUCCCUUUCAUAAACUUUUGGAAAUGGCUUUGAGAAUACACAUGACAAAAUAGUGUCAGCAUACAGGAGGCCAUGUUUGCAGACGGUCCCUUUAAUUGCAACGCCAUAGAUACAAGAAGAAUGGCGCUUGCAGUGUUCCUUCACGUCCGUACUGUCGAGACAUAAAGCCAGUGAGUCUGUUCUACACCCCACAAUUGUUGGUAAACUCGACGUCAGACAUCAUGUCAGGAAGAGGAAAAGGAGGCAAAGGACUCGGAAAGGGAGGCGCCAAGCGCCACCGCAAAGUUUUGAGAGAUAACAUCCAGGGCAUAACCAAACCCGCCAUCCGUCGCCUUGCUCGUCGUGGCGGCGUGAAGCGUAUCUCGGGCUUGAUCUAUGAGGAGACUCGUGGGGUUCUGAAAGUGUUUCUUGAGAAUGUCAUCCGUGAUGCUGUGACCUACACCGAGCAUGCUAAGAGAAAGACCGUGACCGCCAUGGACGUCGUCUACGCUCUCAAGCGCCAGGGACGCACGCUCUACGGCUUCGGCGGUUGAGCUGCAUUUCUGACCCGUUUCAAGAUUUAACAACCCAAAGGCUCUUUUAAGAGCCACCCAUACUUUCAGUGAAGAGAUAUCCAUAUUUAAUGCAGUAUUGAUAACGAUAGCCUACAUUCCUCCUCCAUGCAGUCACACUACCUAAACAAGUACCCGUGGCCAUUAGUGGGUCAGGUUGAAAAUGCAUCAGGGAUGAGUGCCGACGAUGUAGGCCUCUUUUCUGAAAUGGCAUGAGUACCAGAGCACCACACAUGUGACAAUUUGAUACUAAACUGACCUUCACCUCAAAAUAUUGCCGGUCAGUAAAGGAAAUCUGUCUUAUUUCAGUUGAACAAUUUCUUCAUAAAUGAUUGGUUAUAUCGAAGCCACCAAGCGCCGUGUGUGUAUUGCGCUAGGAUUGUAAUCGGACACGUUUUUAGUGAGGCUUGAUUUAGUUUGGAAGGUUAUCUGCGACAUUUAGCUGCUGAGAGCAGCAACAAAACGAGGCUAAAUGUGAGACUAAAGUGGC